AUGGGCCUGCCAGCUCCCGGAGGCGUCGUGAGCACGGUUCACCUCCUGCGUGACUGUGGCUGUGAGGUGAAUCAGCCAAUCAAACAACAGUUCCGGAACCCAGCUUGGCAGGCGCUGAGCAAGUCCCUGGAGGACACUGGGCUGUGUGUGGCCCUAGGCGUGCUGCCUGCUGGGCCACCACCCUUGGCACUGCGGGCACCAGCAGGCCGUGCCUCUGCUCAGAGGCUCAGGCUUUUCAAAGAGCAGCUGCAGCUUCCAGGGUGCCUGUGGGGCAUCAGCGAGGAAGGCUUCCCAGCCUCCCAGUGUGGUGUUAACCGCGUCUUCUGUGAGCCUUGUCCUCCCUCUUACGUGCCCCCCUUGGAGCCCCUGAGCACGGCGUCUUCCUGCGUGUGCCAGUUUAUGAGUGUGUUAGUCUCCGUCCGGCCAGAGGUGCCCCCAUACCCCAAGUGUGCCAGCAGCCCAGAGGGGCCCUGCCAGUCUCUGAAUCCAGGCCUGGUGCCCACUGGCCCGGCCGCUCAGCCUUCCUUCAGACGGCGGUCUUCGUUGGCCCGGUCCUUGUCCACCCAGAAGGAGGCCAGGCCCUCGGGGACCCUCCGGCCCAGCCGCCAGCAGGCGUCCGCAGGCCCGCAGGUCCACUCCGCACCAUCAUCACCACCGUCAUCACCACUGUCAUCACCGUCAUCACCACCAUCAUCACCAGCACCACCAUCAUCAUCACCCUCAUCACCACUGUCAUCAUCAUUUCCACCAUCACCACCGUCAUCACCAUCACCAGCACCAUUAUCACCAUCAACAUCACCACCUCCAUCAUCACCAUCACCCUCACCAUCCCCACUGUCUCAGUCAGCUCAGAACCCUGAAACAAAAUACCACAGACCAGCACCCACCAUCCCCAACAUCACCUCCACCAUUAAAACCACCACGACCACCAUCACCACGAGCUCCUCACUUCCCCACUUGCAGCGCCAGCACCCUUGCCACCACGCCACCUUCAUCCCCGCCUGCCUCCACCCGGGCUGCUCCGAACAGAAUACCACCAACGGGGGCGGGGGCACAGCCAUCAACAUCACUAUCACCACCUUCACCAUCCACACGACCACCCUGACCCACCUGCCCUCUGGCUGGCGGUGCACUUCACUGAUGAAGACCUCCCAGGAACAGAAGCCGCGUGUGUCCCUGCCGCCGACCUCCAUCCCUCCAGAAACAUCUGGCUACGGUGGUCCCGAGCUGCCUCCAAAGGGCUCUGCCUUCCGACCUGGAUGCCUGAAUUCCAUCUACAACCUGCGAGUCCAGCCUUUGCUCGGCCAGGCUCAGGCAAGGGGCAACCCCGGCGGAGGCUGCCUGUCCUGA